AUGGCAGUUCCACAAGAACCUUUAGUAAACGAGAACGAAAGCUUGAAUCAAACACGUCAAGUUUCUACAAACAAAGUAUCUCGUCCUAGGCAAAGAAACGAUCCUUUACCUAAACUUCCUCAAGAAGAAGGUUAUUACUUACGAAUAUCGAUCACAUCUCUAGACAAAAACCGUCGUGAUCCAGUUUUCAAAUUCAAAGCCAUUACAAAUUUACCAAGAUUCAAACAUACUUCAUAUUCUAACCUCGAGCGUACCUAUAAUGAAUUCGAACGAUUAUAUAACUCUUUAGCCUAUUCUAAUCCGGAGUGCAUAGUUCCUGCCUUGCCUUUUUCAACGACUAGUUAUCAAGGAACUGAAGAGGAUGAACGUAGGGUAAAGAGUGCAAUGCAAAAAUGGGUGAAUCGCGUAUCAAUUAAUCCUAUAUUAUGUCACGAUGAAGAGCUUAGAUCGUUUAUUGAAACUGAUUUUGCAAGAUCUGGCAGUUUUAGAUUUAGAUUCUCUUUAGAAGUGAAGGAUGAUGAUACGGAUUUGUCUCAAGCCAAGUCAACCUCACUUAUGCUUGAAGUAAAUUUUAUCGAUGUUGCUAGAAAUGUACAAAAAUUGGCCAAGUUACGAAAAGGUUUGGCUAUAUGUAACACUGAAUUUGGUAUUAAGUCUCAUGGUUUGGGUACUGUUGAAAAACAUCCGCCGUUAUCAAAUGGUCUUCGUAAACUUGGCAAGACACUUCAAAUUAUCAGUGAAUUGCAAAGAUCGCAAGCUAUUAGUGAAGCAGCAGCUCUUGGUGAUUUUUUUAGUUAUUAUGCAGUUAAUGCACAUAUAGUUAAGGAAACUUUGGCCAACCGUCUCAGAAUAAUUACAGAGCAUGAAAACGCAGUGAAAGAAACCAUAAGCAAAAAACGUUAUAUGGAACGUUUAAAAUCUUCUACAUCAAUAAAGAGUGAUAAAGCUGAAAAUUACGAACAAAAUCUUGAAGCACGUGUCAAACGGGUGACAUCAAACCUUCAUUCAGAAUUGCAAAAUUAUGAAGAUAAUCGUACUCAAGAUUUUAUUAAAGCCCUAAAAGAAUAUGCGCAUAAACAAAUUAUAUUUGAAAAACAGCAGUUGAAAGAAUUGGAAAAUUUGAGACCUGAUAUUAAUGCUAUUACAAAGCGAAAUGUGCGCACCUAUACGCUCGGAGAGGAAGAACUUACGCCACGUGCUGUUGCAGAAAAACUCAACAUUUACGCCAAAUAA